AGAUUAGUCUCAUUGCAACCGGCAAGUGCUUCAGAUGGUGAACAUGGCGUGGCAGUUAGUUGGUAUUCUGGUGCUCGUAACCGCUGCCCAAGCGACCGUGAUGGUUCAAACCAGCAACGGUCCAUUGAGGGGAGAGAAACGUGGGAAUUACUACGCUUUCGAAGGUAUUCCCUAUGCGAAAGCACCGUUGGGUAAUCUUAGAUUUGCUCCGUCACAGGUGAACGAUGAGCAGUGGGACGACCCGAAAAACGCAACCCAUCCUGGCCCACUUUGUCUUCAGUGGAGUCAUUUCGUUCACGAGGAUGACCGUAGUGUCGGUGAGGAAGAUUGUUUGUUUAUGAACAUUUACACUCAUUCACUGGAAGGCUCUGAAGUGUUACCGACAAUAUUCUUCAUUCAUGGAGGAGCGUUUAUGUUUGGACAAGGGGAUUUUUGGCAGCCUGACCAUCUGCUGAAAACCCGACUAGUACUCGUAACGUUCAACUACCGGCUAGGUCCGCUAGGAUUUUUAAGUACAGAAGAUGAUGUGAUUCCUGGAAACUUUGGGUUAAAAGACCAAGUUACGGCUCUAAAGUGGGUGCACGAAAACAUUGCAAAUUUUGGGGGUCAUUCGAACAAUAUUACGCUGGUCGGUUUCUCCGCUGGAUCAGCAAGUGUUCAGCUUCAUUACCUGUCACCGAUGAGUCGAGGCUUAUUCCGUAACGGCAUCGGUCACAGUGGUUCUGCUCUGAAUCCGUGGGUGUUCGCAGAAAAUUCGGCGGAAAAGGCUAAGAUGAUCGCUAGCUCAGUCGGAUGCCCCGUAACGUCUAGCAAGGAAAUGUUAAAAUGUUUGAGGGAGAGCUCCGCCCGGGAUAUAGUCCGUGCGGUUGGACAGCUGUUUGAUUAUUUGUACAACCCUAUGUCACCGCUAGGGGUGGUAGUAGAGCAACAAACCAAAAAGAAUCCGAAACCAUUUCUGAUAGAACAUCCAUACACGCUUAUGGAGAGAGGAAAAUUCUACCGUGUGCCACUCCUCCUGUCGGCCAACGAGGCCGAAGGGCUCUACCCAGGCGCUGAAUUUAUCAGCGAACCGUCUUAUCUGGAAGAGAUUAACAAGAACUGGAAUACACUGCUACCAAGCAUUCUGGACUAUCGGACCUCGCUACGAACCGAUGACAAGCGAAGAGAUGAGAUAAGCACCAUGAUUAGAAAGCGUUAUUUGGGCAAAAGAGCCGUAAAUUCACGUAGCUUCAAAGAUCUGAUAUUGAUAAUUUCAAAUCGCUUUUACUUUGCCGGUAUCGUUGCAUCGGUCAAACUGAUGCAACCGCACAUUCCUGUCUAUUUGUACUAUGACACAUAUAAAACUAAGCAUGCUCUCGGAGAAGUUUUAGGAAAAACGACAAAAAACUAUGGUUGUGCUCACGGGGAGGAUGUCACUUUGAUUUUUAAAACUAUCCUGCGCGACGAAAUCCCUUACACAAAAGAGGAGCUGAUGGUGGCAGAUCGUUUCGUGCGGAUGUACGAACAGUGGGCUCGGGAGAGCGUGGCGAAGUUUGGCAACUACGACAUUCCUCUGUCGAACGAACAGGAAAUGGUCCGCUUUCUGGAGGUGAACUAUCCCAAGAGUGAAUUACGCUGGCGGAAGCAGUUGAGCGAUGAAGAAUUUUGGAACCAGAUUGAUUUUGACGAUGGAAUACCUGUUAGCGUUCAACAAGUGAAGGAUGAGCUAUGAAUGAUCUUUUGAGGUUGAGCGAUUAAAGUGGGUUUAGGCUACUCGACUUGUCAGUUCGAUUGUUACUGCAAUAUACUGAUCUCUAGUGCUGAUAAAAAAUUCUUCGAGACUAUCUGAUUUUAUUUAGAAUUGCGAUGGCCUUUGAAUCGACAAGCUUUGUAACUAAACCCUAAAAGAUUUCAACUUGAAAAUGACGAUCGUGAAGAAUUGGUUGCCAAAUAAUAGAAGAGCAAAAUUAUAAAAUAUAACUAUUCAAAAUAAAUAUUUUGUCCAAUUUAAUUGUUCAAUAUGAAAUGAAAGAAAAUAAAUUUAUUAUCAUAUGAUGGGUAUUUACUAAUUA